GCCAAUCAUUCUUCAUAAAAGUUUUGACGUCUAUAGCCUAAUUGCUCCAUGUUCGAUAAUCCUGAUCAAAUCGAAAAAAAAUUAUCACGAUUUAUAAUCGUAUCGGUUAAAGUGCGGUUAUUCAGCACAAUUUUUCGAUCGCAUUCAAGUAUAUCUUCACUAUAAAACAAUAUUCUUAUUCAUGAACAGCAUAGGCGAGACGUGCAAUGAACUAAAGCAACAGUAUGAUUCCUGUUUCCACACGUGGUUUUCUGAAAAAUUCUUGAAAGGUGACACGAGUGACAGCACAUGCUCGCAUUUAUUCAAAAUGUAUCAGCAGUGUGUCAAGAAGGCCAUGAAAGAGCAGCACAUUGAGUUCAAAGAGAUGGAGACAAAUUAUUUAGAAACCGAAAAGGAAAAGAAACCACAUAGUUGACAAGAAAAUGUGUACAUGUUAUGAUUAGAGUCCUACAUAGUUUCUUUAAAAGUUGUCAACAAUAUAAGAGUGCAAAUACUUUCAAUUGUCAUUUCUACUUUUCAUUAUGAAAUAAUGAUUAAUGUUUAAGUAGAUCAUACAUCUUGAUAUAUAUUUAAUGUUUAUAGCAUCCACACAUAAUAUAUGUAUUACUGCCGAAUAACCGGGAGAGUUUUGAACCGAAUGUUUUAUAGAUUUUAUUUGUAGCAUUUAAACAUUAAAAAAAAAUAUAUAUA